AUGCGCGCCCCCACCGCAAGAAACCUAUGCACUCUCAGCGACCUCUUCCGCACCCACAAACCCAACACCAAAGUUGUAUCCUUCAUAAAACCUUCUCCUGGAUCCCAAGGUGAUUUUAGUUCUGAACUGCACCACUCCUCAGAACUCGACCUCGCUCGUGACUAUUCCAGAAGGACCCUUGGGGAUUCGGCUGACAAAAAUGUAGAUACUACCGAGCUUUCUGCUUUGUUGUGCUGUAAACAAGACAAGACGGCUGGUUCUGAGGAAGUAGAUCAUGAAGAAAAAAGGAAAAGAGCAUUAGAUAUACCGUGGGUAGCGGACCUGUCUUAUGGUAAUUUAAUAAUCAAACGAAAGGAGGUAGCGCGAGAGCGGAAGCAUAAGUGGAUUUUUAAAUACACGAGUAAUCACCGUUUCGACAGGUUAAUUGAAUUGUGUGGAGCUAAACUAGGAACAGGAAAAACAGUUAAUGUGUUUGCUCACUUGGGUCGAGAAACAGGUGUAAAGGAGUUCAGAGCAUUGAUAAAAAUAUGCAUAGAGAAGGCUAGGGCGACUGACAAUGAAUACAUUGCUGUAAGUGAAAUGAGUAAGGCUUUUCACCUUUUCAAAGAAAUGAUGGAUCGUGGAUAUCCACUGGGCGAGCAAACGUAUGAUCCACUUCUUCGAUAUAUAAUUGAUAUGGGUUUGGUUCAAGAAUUUCAACUUUUCUCUGAUUUUAUCAAAGCUGAGAAUCCUGGUUCAGUUUCACGAUUGGGUUACUAUGAAAUGUUGCUGUGGUUAAGAGUUGACAAUGAAGAAAUGAUCCGGGAUAUUUGUGAAUAUAUUACUGUCGAAGAUGGAGAAGACACUUCUGCUUUACGAGGUUGGUGA